AUGGCCUCUCUUCUCUGCAGCGUAUCAUCACAAUAUAAUGAAUUAUGGAAAGCAAUUAUACGUCCCCCUAGGGAUAAAUAUAAUAUACGAGAUCUUGGGCCAAUUAGAUUUGCAAUAGGAAGAUCUAAAUUUAAACGUACAGAUUUUACUUUAAGAAAUAAUAGGCACCAGCUUCUCCACUGUAGCCAUUUUGAACCUAUAGAAAGUGAAAGAGCUAUGAUCAAACUCCCUUGUGUAAUUUAUUUACAUGGUAAUUGUAGUUCACGACGAGAGGCAAUACCAUAUAUUCCUUUGAUAUUACCUUUAUCUAUUACUGUAUUGACAGUAGAUUUAAGUGGAUCAGGCUUAUCAGAAGGAGAAUACAUAAGCUUAGGAUAUUAUGAAAAGGAUGAUUUAGCUACACUUAUAGACUAUCUCUGGAAAUCUAAUCGUUGUAGCGGUGUUGGAAUUUGGGGUAGAUCUAUGGGAGCUGCUACUGCCUUGAUGUAUGGAAGUACUGAGAAAUCUGACUUUUUAAAAGGUAUUGUUGUUGAUUCAAGCUUUAGUAGUCUACGACAAUUAUGUCACGAACUUGUCCACCUAUAUGUUCCUCUACUUCCAAAUUUCUUAGUAGACUCAGCUCUAUCCUUUAUUCAAACAACCAUUAUGGAAAAAGCAAAAGCUAAUAUUGAUGAUAUGGCCCCAAUAAAAUAUGUUAAACAAAGUAAGGUUCCAAGUUUAUUUAUAGCUGGAACUAAUGACAACUUCAUAGCUCCUAGCCAUUCCAAAACUUUACAUGAUAGUUAUGGUGGAGAUAAAAUGCUGAUGAUUAUUCCAGGGAAUCACAACUCAGAAAGACCGAAAUUUGUAAAAGCUUCAAUUGUAAUUUUUUUCUAUAAAAUUUUUAAUUGUGAAAAAAUACCUAAAGCUAUUGAAUCUCUUAGAUUAUUUAUAAAUGUUGAUAUAAAAGGUCUAACUUCACCUCCAUUCGUUUUGGAAAUGAUUCCUAGAGGUCCCAAAGAAUUUUCUAACCAAGCUUUUAUGGCUAUUCAACAAUAUAUUAGACAAGAUGUAAACAAACAGCUAAAUAACCCACUUAAAAACAAAAUACAGGAUACUGACAAUAAUAUUAAUCAUAAAAGCCCUGAAAGAAAGACUAAAAUCCAUAUGAGACCACCAGAUGUAGAUAAAUAUAUAGAUCAUAUCAUUCCUUUAAGCAAUGAGACAUCUUCAUAUGAAAGUGAUACUUGCUACUCCCGUAGUAGUACAUAUGAAACUAUUAAUGCUAACGCAGAGCGUAAGGAAUCUUCUACAACAAUUUUGACACAAGAAGAUCCUAUGGAUAUUUAUAAUCAUUCAAUACAUGCAAGGAAAUUAUACCAAACACCUCCAAGCUACAGGGUUGAUAAAAUCACAAUGCCAAGUUCUCCAUUAAUAAAUAAUCAAACAUUCAACAUAAAUUACAGGGUACCCAUUAUAAAUCGUAUUAAAUCAGAUACAAAACAUUUAAUGAAAUAUUCCUCGAUAUAA